AUCUUCAAACAUCUCAACUAUCCUCAACAGCUUCAAGUUCAAAUUCAAAUUCUACCCUCUGAUAUUUCUCAAGAUUUCUUUUAAACUUGAUUCUUGAUUCAGCUCAUCUUCUGGGUGAUGGAAGAAAUCGAUGUUCCUCCAUUUUUCCUCUGCCCGAUUUCUUUGGAGAUUAUGAAAGAUCCGGUGACGGUGUCAACGGGUAUAACGUACGAUCGGGAGAGCAUCGAGAAGUGGUUGUUUUCCGGCAAAAAUAACACCUGUCCUGCGACGAAACAGGUUCUGUCGGCGGACUCCGAUCUGACUCCCAACCACACUCUCCGGCGGCUGAUUCAGGCGUGGUGUACUCUCCAUGCUUCAAACGGUGUAGAGCGUAUUCCGACGCCCAAGAUUCCGAUCAACAAGAUCCAGAUCGUGAAGCUUCUCAAUGAUGCUAAGUCUCCACAGUUGCAGAUGAAAUGUAUCGGAAAACUUCGAGCCCUUGCGGCUGAGAGCGACGCCAACAAGCGGUGCAUUGAGUCCGCCGGUGCAGUUGAAUUCUUAGCUUCAAUAGUGAGCAAAGCCAACUUCACAACAUUCGAAGAGGAAUCAGAUAAAGGGCUAGAGUCCAGGAGCGCGAGCAGUGAAGCUCUAAGCAUUCUCCAUUAUCUCCUACUGUCAGAAGCCGGGCUCAAGAAGCUUGUGGGAAAAAAUGGUGAAUUUGUGGGUUGCUUGGUACGAGUACUACAACGAGGAAACUACGAGUCCCGAGCUUAUGCUGUAAUGCUAUUGAGUUCGAUGCUCCAAGUUGCUGAUCCAAUACAAUUAAUCGCCUUGAAACCCGAAUUCUUCGUGGAAGCAGUGCAAGUUUUGCAGGAUCAUAUAUCUCACCAGGCCACAAAAGCUACACUCAAACUACUAAUUGAGGUUUGUCCAUGGGGGAGAAACAAGGUCAAAGCAGUGGAAGCCGGCGCAGUUUCGAUAUUGACAGAGCUUCUUCUCGCUUCUUCAGAAAAAAGGGCUUGUGAGAUGAUCCUAACGGUGUUGGAUCAGCUAUGCGGGUGCGCGGAAGGAAGAGCCGAACUGUUGAAGCAUGCAGCCGGGAUGGCUAUAGUGUCAAAGAAGAUACUGAGGGUUUCUCACGUGGCAAGUGAACGGGCAGUGAGAAUUCUGUAUUCCAUUUCCAAGUUCUCUGCAACUCCAAGUGUUCUUCAAGAGAUGUCGCAGCUGGGUGUUGUGGCGAAAUUGUGUUUAGUGCUUCAAGUGGAUUGUGGGAGCAGGACCAAGGAGAAAACCAGAGAUAUCCUCAGAUUGCAUGCCAGGGCAUGGAAGAACUCUCCAUGCAUACCCACCAAUUUGCUUUCUUCAUAUCCAUAGGCCCACCGAGAGAACGUGCAAAUUCAUUCUUUCUUAUUUUCCCCCUUUUGUGUACAUAAUUAAUUGAUUGGAUGAAUACCUUAGAAUAGACUCUCUACACGGGCAUUAAGCAGUGCCCACUGAAACAUUUUAUGGCACAUAGAUUGCUAUUUUCAGAAAAUUUAUGUUCCACACAACAUUUCAGAGAUCCUCUUGUAGUUGGUUGUUCUUGGUCUCCUUCAACGAAUCAAUUCUUACAA